CGAAAAACCACCUACAAAAAAAGACGAAAAGAUGAGUUCCAAGGGAAUUCCAAGUUAGCAGAAGUAUUUUCGAUCCAUCUCUUCAAGUAUUGCAAUACUUACCACUUAUUCCAUGGUCAAAAAUGGGUUCAAUAUUCAUCCUUUGUUCCAACUCAUUCAUUCAAAAUAGGGGCAAGUAUCUGCUGACUACGUAGCACACAGACAAGUGGGCAAGCAUCGUCAGCUUGACUGCCGGAUAAGGCAAUCCCCGGCCGGCUGAAAAGAAUGAUUGGGAGCCACUGCACUCCGUUGACUUAAGACACGAGAUUAUAUCUGCCUUGCGCCUCAGCGUGGUAUACUAUAAAUACCACGUAAAUAUACUGCAUGGUGGCGUGAGGCAGAUGAUGAACCCCCUUAGACAUUCAUCUCUAUUUAGAUUAGCCUGAGGAGUAACAAUGGAAUCCUACGAAUCCUUUUUUGGAAGUGUAUUUUUUACGCCUUGCAUUAUUAUUCUCCUCACAACAGUGGUAUCCUACCUAUACAAGGGCAACAAGAAGCAAGAAUACAUCCCUGGUGUACCGAUAGCCGGAAUUGAGGGAAAUGUAACUCUCGCAGAAGCUAGAGAAGAAUUUCGGAGAAAUGCCAAAGAGGUGUUGCUAAGGGGCUAUGCUAAGUAUAAGGGAAGGCCAUUUUAUAUUCCGAGCCCUCUGGGUGAGCGAUUGAUGAUCCCACCACAAUAUGUUGAAGAGCUGAAGAGCGCUGCGGUGGAAGACUGCGACUUCGUGGGCACCUUCUUCGAGAUGUUUGAGGGCCGAUAUACGACUAUGGGAGACAGAUCCACCCUGCAUCCGCGAGUAGCCAAGACUCAACUUAACAUGAAUAUAAAUGGCAUUUUACCUUCAGUAGGAGAGGAAAUAGAAGACUCCUUCCUAGAUGUAUUACCUUCGUCUGAUGAGUGGAUUGAAGUUCCUAUAGCUGAAAGAUUUGUGACCAUUGUCGCUAGGGUAUCAAGUCGAAUGUUUGGAGGACUCGAAUUAAGCAGGCAUCCAGAAUGGAUCGCUUCAACCAUACACUUUGCCGAGGACGGGUUUGUGCUGGCUCAGAAGAUCAAGGCAAUUCCGAAAUUGUUGCGACCCCUAGUCUCGAGAUUUUUACCGGAACUCAAGAAAAUCGCAAGACAUCACGAAACCGCUCGAAAGGUCAUCAUUCCUAUAUUGGAACGAAGAGAGAGUCUUCCUAAACAAGAAAAAAGGCCCGAAGACUUUCUCCAGUGGAUGGUUGACGAAGCCAAGGGGGAAGAAAAGGAGAAGAACUUUAUAUCUAAGAUCCAACUCAAACUAAGUUUUGCAGCUAUUCACACUAGCGCGGCGGCGCCGGCACAGCUGCUUUACGACCUGUGUACUCAUCCAGAGUACAUCGAAAUUUUGCGAUCUGAGUUACAUGAUGUUAUUGGAGAGAAAGGUGAGAUUAACAAACAAUCUCUGGUGAAGCUAGAGAAAAUGGACAGUAUUAUGAAGGAAAGCCAAAGGUUCAACCCGCUUCUCUUAGUUACGUUUGAACGAAUCAUCACGAAGAGAACAACUCUCUCGGAUGGAUUCACUAUCCCAAAGGGGACCACCGUCGGAGUUCCAGCGCAAGCAAUAUCUAUGGACCCGGACAUAUAUCCCCAUCCGCAUCAGUUUGAUGGGCUAAGAUUCGUGAAGACACAUGAGCGGGUCGGUACUCGUGACCAAUAUGCAGCGAGCAAUCUAAGGAGUAUGGCGUUCGGAUACGGUCGUCAUGCCUGCCCCGGUCGGUUCUUCGCGUCGCAUGAGAUCAAAAUGAUCAUGGCCUACUUACUCCUUAAUUAUGACUUCAGGUUUCCAGAGACAAAAAAAGAGAGGCCACAAAGUAUAGGUGUGGAAACACAACUCCUGCCAAAUCAGAAUGCAUUGAUCUGCCUAAGAAGAAGGCAUAAACACAUCAGAGUUGGCUAGGUAGAUGUUGCGGCGAGAGGUCAUCGGAUAGAUUUUCAGAUGCAGUAUUUAAUUACAUGACACCUGAGCAGGAUUGCUUAGGUAGCUAAGCCGGUACUCUCCUUAUUCAUACAUAACCUACCUAGGUGUACAAGUGCAGUAUACGUUCAUGUAUCAUUCUCAC